AUGAUACAUUCAUCUGAAUAUUGUGAAUCUAUAAUAGGUCUUCCUAUUUUAUCAAGUAGCAUUUCUAAGGAUGAGAUAAAAUAUUUAUGUUGCUCUAUUUUAUAUUACUGUUUAAUACAUUUUGAUAACACUUCUUCUGAAUAUUAUAAUUGUAUUACAAAUGAAAUUAAUGAUCCAUUUUAUAAAAUUUUUCGAGAAGUAACAAAUAUAUCCUAUUAUAAUGGAAAAUGGCUCUUAAUGUUAUUCCUUUUUAUUAUUUUUUUAAUCAUGGUUCUAAUCAAACGUUCUGAGAAAGACACAUCAGUAAUGGAUGAAGUUGAUUUUAUGACUGAAAAAAAUAAUGAUGAUUACCAUUUAGAUAGGGAAGAAUUAGAAAAAAACAAUUCUACUUUUUAUUUGUACUAA